CUCCCCCGAAUAACCUCCUCCCUGGGCCAAAAGGCUACCAUCUGCGCCAAGCGCGACGACCUCAACUCCGCCCUCGCGUACGGAGGCAACAAAACCCGGAAGCUCGAGUACCUGGCCGCGGACGCACUGGCCCAGAACGCCACGACGCUGAUUUCCAUCGGCGGCGUGCAAAGCAACCACACGCGGCAGGUUGCGGCGGUCGCGGCGCGACUGGGGCUCAAGGCGCGGCUGGUGCAGGAGCACUGGGUGGACUGGGAGGAUCCGGGGUAUGAUGUUGUGGGGAAUAUCCAGUUGAGUCGGCUGAUGGGGGCGGAUGUGAGGAUGGAGGACGCCGGGUUUGGGAUUGAGCAUAAGGAGACGCUGAAGAAUCUCCGGGAGGAGUGUGAGGCGAAUGGGGAGCGGCCGUAUUAUAUCCCUGCUGGGGCGUCGGAUCAUCCGUUGGGUGGGUUGGGGUUUGCGAGGUGGGCGUUUGAGGUGCGGGAGCAGGAAAGGGAGUUGGGGGUUGUGUUUGAUGAUGUUGUGGUUUGUGCGGUUACGGGGUCGACGAUGGCGGGGAUGGUGGCGGGGUUUAAGUUGAUUGAGAAGUUGUAUCCUGGGGAGAAGAAGAAGAGGGUCAUUGGCAUCGAUGGGUCGGCGAAGCCGGUGGAGACGAAGGCGCAGGUGUUGCGGAUUGCGAGGAAUACGGCGGUCAAGAUUGGAUUGAAGGAGGAGGAUAUCACCGAGGAAGAUGUGAUUCUGAAUGAGGACUAUCAUGCGGGCACUUAUGGCAUCCCCAACAAGGGGACGUGGGAGGCCAUUGAGUAUGCCGCGCGCAUGGAGGCCUUCAUCACGGAUCCGGUCUAUGAGGGCAAGAGUUUUGCCGGGAUGGUGGACUUGAUCAAGAAAGGGGAGAUCACCGGGAAUGUGCUGUAUGCGCAUUUGGGUGGGCAGUUGGCACUCAACGCGUAUUCGCGUAUCGGGGAGACGAAAUAG